AUGGCUUCCAUCAGCCAAAACAUUUCCCCAACAUUGGAUCAUUUAGUGAAUCUGGCUCAUCCCCUCUACCUGUAUCCUGGGGAAAACCCAGCUUUGGUGCUUGUUUCGCCUCUUCUCACAAAGAGCAAUUUCCAUCAAUGGGAAAGAGACAUGGUCGUCGCCCUUGAAACCAAAAACAAAAAGCGCUUCAUUCAUGGCACUCUUCCUUGUCCACCCAUCACAGAUCCCCUGUAUGAAGCUUGGCGCAAAUCUAAUUGCAUGGUAAUGUCAUGGCUCACUUGUUCCAUGACUCCUUCCAUCAAGCAAUCUGUGAUGUGGAUGGAUACGACUUCUGAAAUUUGGCGUGAUCUUAAGGAUCGCUUCUCUCAUGCUGACAAAUUUCGGAUCUCUGACCUUCAGGACCAGAUUCUUGCUUGUCGCCGAGGUGACUCUAUUGUUUCUAAAUACUAUACCAAGUUGAAGAUCUUAUGGAAGGUAAUGGAGUUCUAUCGUUGUGUGUUGACCUGUACCUGUUUGACACCUUGUGUCUGUGGCCUCCUUUCUAAACUUCACAAAGAACGCGAGGAUGAUUAUAUGAUUCGCUUUCUUCGAGGUCUCAAUGACAAUUAUGCCCAAGUUCGUUCUCAAAUAAUGAUACUAGACCCUAUGCCUUCCAUUGUUAAAACCUUUUCUAUGGUCCUUCAGCAUGAACGUGAAUUUAUUGAUCCCCUUCCUAGAAUUUCAACUCGACAGAGGAAGCCUCCUGCUUACUUGUCUGUGUAUGAUUGCCCUACUCUUUCUUCUACUAACAUUUCCUAUAGUACUACUUAUCCAUUACAUUCAUAUUUAUCAUGUUCCAAUUGUUCUAACUCUCACACUGCUUUUUGCAUGUCUUUAUCUGCUACUGUAGAGCCCUCUUCCUUUAAGGAAGCUUGGCAGCAUGAUCAUUAG